AUGCUGCCCUCUGUGUCAGCCGCAGAGCAGCAGCAGCAGCAGCAGCAGCAGCAGCAGCAGCAACAGAAACGCCAGAAAAGAGGGAAGCAGACGUAUGACGAGGCCACACGGUCCCGUAGGGGGGGUCUUUCAUUUUAUAGCGUGCAGCAGCAGCAGCAGCAGCAGCAGAGUGCAGCAGCAGCAGCAGCAGCAGCAGCAGCAGCAGCAACUCCUUCUGUGAGCUGUAUCCUACACCAUCCGACAGAAUCCUUCGGCUGUCUGGACACCCGGUGGCUGUGCGCUGCUGAGGGCUGCUGCUGCAGCAGCUUCAGCAGCAAUGGCAUGUUCUUACAAGAGUUUGAUUCUCUUCUCGCAGUUAUAGGCUCAGACUGCGCGCUGCACGCCUUUCGGGUGUCUGGACACCCUGAAGAGGAGGAACAAGCCAAUAACAGCAGAACGAGCUGCAGCAGCAGCAGCAGCAGCAGCAGCAGCGGCAGCAGCAGCAGCAGCCUCCGCUGCAGUGCUGCUGCUCGAGUGCCCCUGCUUCAGGAUCCAGGCCGAGACCAAAUAGGCUUGGGCUUGGAUGCCCUUCAUGGCCAGCCAAGGUUCAUAGCAGCAACAUGUUCUGAUGGAUCUGCUGCUGUGGUGACCGACUUGGAGUUCUUGUCGCUCGUUUGGAAGGCUCAUGACGCAGAGGCCUGGGCUGUGGCUGUCAGCCCCCACAGCAGCAGCAGCCUCAUUGCCACGGGGGCCGAUGACUGCCGGCUGCGUCUGUGGGACAUUCGGAGCUGCUGCCGCUUUGCUGCACUAGAGACGGCCAUCAGCAGCAGGAGCAGCAGGAGCAGCAGGAGCAGCAGCAGGAGCAGCAGCAGCAGCAGCAGAGGCAGCAGCGCGGGGAGCUCCCCGUGUCUGCGCGCGGAGAGCAGCAAAAGCCACUCCAUGGGAGUAACUUCUUUAUGUUUUUCUCCCACGAACUCUCAGCUGCUCUUUAGUGGCAGCUACGACGGCUUCAUUCGCUGCUUCGACCUGCGGCAGCUAAAGUGCCCCCUGUCUUCACGCCAGGCUUCAGGGGGCCUCUGGCGGCUGCGCCUUUCACCGGGGGCCCCCAGAGCUGCCUCUGGGGGCCCCCGGGGGGCCCCCGGCGAUGCCUCUGGGGGCCCCCGGGGGGCCCCCGGCGAUGCCUCUGGGGGCCCGCGGGGGGCCCCCAGCGAUGCCUCUGGGGGCCCCCGGGGGGCCCCCAGCGAUGCCUCUGGGGGCCCCCGGGGGGCCCCCAGCGAUGCCUCUGGGGGCCCCCGGGGGGCCCCCGGCGCUGCUUCGGGGGGCCUCAGGGGGGCCCCCGGCGCUGCUUCGGGGGGCCCCCGGGGGCCCCCCGAGCAGCCCAAGGGCAGCCAGCAGCGGCCGCUGCUUCUUGCUGCUUGCUGCCACGGAGGCUACGAAGUUUGGGAAAUGGAAGAAGCAGAAGACGGUGCUGCACCGGUGCUGCAGCAGCUCCUGCAGCAGCAGCCUCACGAGUCCAUGGCCUACGGUAUCACUCAGCUCUGCUGCUUACCUCAGCAGCAGCAGCAGCAGCAGCAGCAGCAGCAGCAGCAGCGCUUCAUCGGGGCAUCAACCGGGCUUCAGCAGCAGCAGAACGGGGCGACAGCGGGCUCAUGGGCGGCGGAGCAGCAGCAUAAGUGCAAAGAAGCGGCGGCAGGAACUGCUGCUGCGGCUGCAGCAAGUUUGCUGCAGCAGGAGCAGCAAAAGAGAUUGACAGCGGAUUUGACAAAGGCAAGCCACACAGGCGAGGCCCCGCUGCAGUCCCACACGGGCACAUACUGUGGCCAGCUAGCGCCGCCUGCAGCAGCAGCAACAGCAGCAGCAGCAGCAGCAGCAUUGGAAGCAACAGAGCCGUCGCUGGGUGGCGUGCAGCAGCAAAGGAAACAGCCGCACAGCAACAGCUGCAGCAGCACCACUAGCAGCAGCAGCUGUGUUUCUCAAGCAGCAGCACUGUCUAUUAUAGCAGCAAACGAAGCAGCAGGAACUUCGUGA